AUGGCACCACCAACCUACACUUUCGAAACCAUCAUCCAAAAGGCUGUCAACGACGGCAUCGUCCCCGGCGUAGUCCUCUACGCUCGUAACAAAGAUGGAACCCUCAACUACUCCCACGCAACCGGCUACGCCUCCCUCUCCCCCACGCACCCGCGCCCCAUGACCCCUCACACAAUCCUCGCCCUAGCCUCCAUGACCAAACUCCUAACCUCCAUCUGCAUCCUGCAACUCCUCGACUCUUCCUCCCCCUACAAGUCUCAAUUCCCACUAGGCCUCGACACCCCCGUCACCGACCCCGACUCCUAUCCAGAAACUUACCUCCCCGACCUCGCCUCCCUCCCCAUCUUGUCCCCCACCGUCUCAGACCCCUUCGCUACUAGAACCAGGUCUAAGCACAUCACCGUCCGCCAUCUUUUGACUCAUUCUUCCGGAUGCGGCUACACCUUCCUCCAACCUCCCCUGACGGCCUGGCAAGAGUGGAAGUUAGCGCAAGAAAACAAGAAACCACACCUACCGCUCGGCACGGCCUUCGCGCAAACUGUUCCCGAGCAGUUUUCUUGGCCUUUACUCUUCGAACCCGGGGAGGGAUGGGCGUACGGUUGCGGGAUUGAUUGGGUUGGGUGGUUUUUGGAGAAGGUUACGGGGAAGACGUUGGAUGAGUGGAUGCAGGAAUCUGUAGUCAAGAAAUUGGGACUGGAAAAGGGAAGUUUGGGGUUUUAUCCUGAGAGGGUGUGGCCUUCUGAGGAACAGGAAAAGAGGGAGAGAGUGGCGGAUAUGGGGAAGAGAGUGGAUAAUGAUUUAGCUGUUGCUGGUGAACAGGCCCAAGGUAGUGAAGGAGAAGGAGGGGGCCACUCAAGGACUCGACACAUCGACACACCCCAGCUUCUCAAACCCGCUGAUCGCGGUGCCUUUGGCGGACAAGGCGGGUUUGCGGAUUUGAGCGCUUAUUGUGAGGUGGUGUAUUCAUUGUUGGUUGAUGAUGAACGGUUACUCACCAAGGAGACGGCGAGGUUGUUAUUUAAGGGACAACUGAAAGAGGAGAAAGCGAAGACGGCACUAAAUGAGAAUAUGAAGACGCCGCAGUGGGUGGUUGGCUAUGUUGAGGAGCCGGCGGAGGGGAAGGGGUUGGUAUAUGAUUGGAGUGCGGGCGGGUUGUUGGUUGAUGAGCCCGGGAAGAAAGGUGACGAGGGGAGGUGGAGGAGGAGGGGCUACCUUGGAUGGGGAGGAGGGAUCUUUAACUUGAAUUGGUUUGUCGAUCGAGAGGCAGGUGUUUGUGGAGUGUUUGGGGCGCAGACUCUGGACCCGGCUGAUCCGCUGAUUGAACCCUUGAUCAAGGAUUUCGAGAGGGAAAUCUUUGAGAAGUAUGGGGCGAAGUGA